AUGUUUAAGCUCGCCCGUAGUCGCCCGUUCACGGCUGCUUUCAACGCCACCAAGAUCUCCUCGCCCUCCCGUUUGGCUGGCGUUGCGCAGCAGAAGAGAGCUUUGAGCAUCCAUGAAUACCUCUCUGCUGACCUCUUAAGAAAAUACGAUAUCGGUGUCCCCCAAGGCUCAGUUGCGACAACAGCCGCGGAAGCCGAAGCUAUUGCGAAGAAGAUUGGUGGAGAUGAUAUGGUUAUCAAGGCACAGGUGCUGGCCGGUGGUCGAGGAAAGGGUACAUUCGACAAUGGCCUUAAGGGAGGUGUCCGAGUUAUCUACUCUCCCACGGAGGCUAGGAUGUUCGCAGACCAGAUGAUCGGACAUAAGCUCGUUACGAAGCAGACGGGUGCUCAAGGCCGUCUCUGCAACUCUGUUUAUAUCUGUGAGCGCAAAUUCGCCCGUCGGGAAUUCUACCUGGCUAUUCUUAUGGAUCGUGGUUCCCAAGGACCCGUUAUCGUCUCUUCAUCGCAGGGUGGAAUGGAUAUCGAGACUGUUGCAAAGGAGAGCCCCGACGCUAUCACCACUACCUAUAUUGACAUCCACAAGGGUGUUACCGACGAUAUCGCCCGAAAGAUCUCAGUUGACCUUGGGUUUAGCGAACAAUGCAUCGAAGACGCAAAGGACACCAUUCAGAAGCUAUACAAGAUCUUCAUGGAGAAGGAUGCCACUCAAAUUGAGAUCAACCCUCUCUCUGAGACCUCAGACCACAAGGUGCUCGCUAUGGAUGCUAAGCUUGGCUUUGACGACAAUGCAGAGUUCCGUCAAAAGGAUAUUUUCUCAUGGCGAGACACUACUCAGGAAGAUGCGGAAGAGGUUCGCGCGGCCGAAUCAGGCCUCAACUUUAUCAAGCUUGGAGGUGAUAUUGGAUGUCUAGUAAAUGGUGCUGGUCUUGCUAUGGCUACCAUGGACAUCAUCAAGCUGAAUGGAGGCGAACCCGCCAACUUCCUCGACGUUGGUGGUGGAGCUACUCCUCAAGCUAUCAAGGAGGCGUUUACACUCAUCACGAGCGACCCUAAGGUCACAGCCAUCUUCGUCAACAUCUUUGGAGGUAUCGUUAGAUGUGAUGCUAUCGCUAAAGGUCUCAUCAGCACUGUCGAGAGCAUGAAUCUCCGUAUCCCUAUCAUUGCUCGUCUACAAGGAACAAACAUGGAAGCAGCACACAAGUUGAUCAACGAGGCUGGUCUUAAGAUCUUCUCUAUUGAUGAUUUACAAAGCGCGGCAGAGAAGGCGGUGCAGUUCUCAAAGGUUGUGAAGAUGGCUCGUGACAUUGAUGUUGGCGUGGAAUUCUCCCUCGGUAUUUGA